AUGCUUGGCACUGACUUUGACCUACAUUCCCAAAUCCUCAUGGGUUUGGCUGAGGUGCUCGCCGACUCUCGAUCGAAGGCAACAGCAUCUGAAGUCGACAAACUCGUUUCCAAAUGUCCCAUCGUUCCUAUUCUUGAUGACAAGGAAAAGACUAUCUUCACGCGACAAGAUAAGCCUGACUUGGGUGUGAUGACCCAACGUAGUCAACAAAGUGUUGCUGCACUUGUCAAGUACGCCGUCAAUGCAAAGGAAGACCGUCAGUUGGAGUUGUUGCCUCGUUUGCUCUCUUACGUACGCCAUUUACCUGCCUAUGAAUGGAAGGAAGUUGUGCUUGGAAGAGGACUUCCACCUGCCGAUGCUAUUACAUACAGCCUUGUGGCCGGCUUGUUGGAGAUUGGAUUCAAGGUGCCUGAUGUAUACCAUCAUAUCACUGAAGUCCUUUGGAGCUAUGGCGAAUCGAUUAUCAAGCUCAUGAAACAAGGCGAUGUGGAGCUUACCGUUUCAUUCAUCUUGCCAUCCUUGGCCGGCUUGUCACGUGCAUUGCAGCUAUCGCCAUUCUUGUUCCGAGCCAACCAGCUUCUUGCCCUGUGCCAUAAUACGCAGUUCUUGAUCCAGGAUGAAACAUUGGACAACAUUCGUACAGCCAUCACUACAUGCCUCAAGGAGCACGAUGCCACAAGUUACAGCCGACGUGUCCUUAACAAGUACUGGGAAGAUGGUACUCCUUUGAGCAGCAACCGUGUUGUAUAUGAUUUGCUCGUCAUUUUACGCAACGUAACCACUCGUGUCAUUGCUGACAGCCAUCCUGAUCAAUCCACCACAACAACUCUAUCUACGACGGGUGGUAGCAAGAAAUUGCAUUUGACACGUGACGUUGAACAUGCCUGGUCCGAGCUUAUGAAGAAGACUGCCUCUGGUGUGAGACCCACAGCCGCAAGCGAUGCUGAAAAAGAUGAAUUGCUCAACAAGAAUAUGCGUACCAUCUACGUCACAAGCUUGGGAUACUAUGAGGAUAUCAAGAAAUAUGCCAACGAAGGCGAGAAAUGGGCACCUGAUGCUUAUAUGCAAGAGAUUAUGGGUACUAGCUUGCACGUGGCUGCAUUGUCUUCUGUUUAUCUACACGAAGUGGAUGAUGUCCUCAUUGAUCAUAUCACCGAAUGCCUCUUCGUGGCUCCUCAUGGUGGAGAUGCUUGGGUGCAUGUUGCAGCUCUGGAUGCAGCCGUUCUUUUGGCUAUCAACUUCCCUCAUUUGAAUGCUGACAUGACCAACACCAUUUGCCGAUUCCUUGCUACACCAUCACCAGUAUUUGAAUUGCUCGCUGAAGCAGGUCAAGAACCACUCAGUGUUCAACAAUUUGCCAUUGUUAGACUUGCUCAAUGUGUUCAGACCAAGCCAUCCAUGCAGAUUUCUCAAGCUGCUAUUUCAACUUUGUAUGCAUUGCUCAAUGAGAUUACCCGCUACAGUGACGAGGAUGGCGCUACAGUCGACCGAUAUAGUAUGCUUACCAAGAAUGCCAUCUCUGGUGCACCCGAUGCCAACCAAUUGAGUGAGAAGCAAAAGCAGCAAGUGUGUGCGAAUGCCUUGUCAGCUAUUGUUGGUGUUGCUGUUUACUUGAAGGAUGAAGCAAUUAUGGCCCAGGCACUUUCGAUGCUUACCAUGCGUCGCAAAUCACUUUCUAUUUCGGCCACUGCCUCGCUCACAUCACGUUUGGUGGAUCUUGCACUUGUCAGCCCCGUUGGCGUAUUCAAGGAUAUCCUCAACUUGUUCUCUACAUUGAGUCGUGAGGCAUUGACUAUUGACAACAAACAACUUACAACAGCGAUUGUCAAUGCGCAAAUGAGCCUCGCCAAGCGAUUGUCAGCACGUCCUGAGCUCUAUGAUACUUAUCUCAUCAGCCUUUUGAGUCUCUUUGUGGAGAAUGGCAACACAAUCCAACGCACCAUGACCAAGAACAAAAAGGAGACCGAAUACCCAUUGGCAUCCAAGCUUGGUAUGCUUCUUCCAGUGCUUCGUACAUUGUUGGGACAUGAUGAUUUCAAUCCUCAUUUGGAGCCUACGGAGGAAUGUGUUUCUCUUUUCCGCAACGCGUGGUUCCAUUGUGUCAUUUUCGGCUUUGUUACUGAAUCAAUGUGGAUCCGCGAGUGGCACGAUUCGAUGCUCGUCAUUGCGAAAAAGACACCCGUAUUGGUGACCGAGAGUGCAACCAAGUAUGUGGAAAGCGAUUUGGAAUACAAUUCUGUAUUACGUGGUGGCAACAUGUCCGAACAGAAUGUAUCUUCCAUGCGUCAAAAGUUGACAAGCUUUUUGCCUUCUCUUGCAUCCGAGAUCAAGUACUUUUCCUUUGCUCAAGUGGUGUUCGCUCUCAGCUUUUAUCACAUUGAAAUGAUGCGUAGUCGUAUGGGCGAUUGCAGCUACGUUUUGCGUUAUUUCAUGAACGAGGGUCUCAACAAUAGCUCGCUCGCCAAUUGCCUUGAAAUGAUUGCUGAUCGUGUUGUGGGUGCAUUUAUCAAGGAUGCUGCUAGCAAGGCUGCUGUUCAAGGCAUCUCGGUCGAACUCAACAACCAAAUGGCCAGCAUCCUCAAGUUGACGGGUCAUCGACUACAAAAGGUGCAUGAUUUGGCAAUCAAAACGGCUGAACGUAUUGUGGCGGCCUUCCCUCAAGUGUUUGCUGAUAAGUCCCUUAUCACUUUGCUGCUUGAACUUGUCCAAUUGCUAUGGCUCAGUUGCGAAUCUGAAUAUCGUGACGAGUAUUCCCCCACAUUCCAUUUUACUUCCACACGUGUCAAUGUGACCUUGGAGCUUGGUGACUCUUACGCUUAUCGCCGUGAAAUCUGUACUCGUUUGUACGAAAGCGCCAAAAAGUGGUUGCGUAUUUCCAUGGAUCGUGCACCUCUUGAAAUCAAUGGCUUGCUUCAGGAUUACCUAUCCGAAUUUGAUCGCUUUGUUCCUGGCCAGCCUAUUGAUGCUGUUCAUAUGGGUCGUUCUCUUGCUCUUGAAAUUGGAAAAGCAGCAUCCAGAAAUCAGCUUUCAGUUGAGUUUGUUCCCAAGGUACCACGUGUGCUUCCUGAUGAAUCAUCCGAUUUUGUCAAUGGAUUUACUUCUCGUCGCUUUUACAUUGGUGAGAUCAGUGGUAUCGAGUAUCUCUAUGGGCUCCAUGAUCAAUCAGAAAAAUUGCCUGAUAGCCGAACUGGUAGCGGUUUGCUAGAGCAAGUCUCCUUUGUCCUUGAGAAUUUGGAAGCUCUUUUGACGGAUAUCAAGCAAAAGCAUGCUGCUGUCUCUGUGGAACGUGUUCAUCGUACUUUGCAUCGUGCUGCAGCUUAUGCCAUUGCCCUCCCUAAGGUGCAUCCUGAUUUGAUCCGCUAUCUUGUGCGUAUCCCCGUAUACAUGUUUACUCCCGAGUCCCUUGAUAUCGGUACAACAGUGUGGAAUUGGAUGCUUGUGGAACGUGCUGAUGUCGAGAAACGCCUUAUGGUGGAGAUGUUGAGCAUGUGGCACUGGGCUCAGAAGCAUCGCAAGGGUUUGUUCUCGCCUGUGCUCAAUGCCAAACAUCCAUUUGUGGCCAAGAUGACCAAUGACCCAUCCGACAAAGCCAUGGUUGACAGCAGCCAUCGUGUUGCCAGCUUUUUGUUCUCUCCCCACAUGGCAUGGAUCAAGUUUUUGAGCAGCCGCUUCUAUUCCAUUCGCCAUCGCAGCAAGCACCUUGUCAAUAUGUUUGUGCGCAUGUUGCAGGAAUCUUUCCAAAAUGCCCAUUUGAUGAGUACUCAUGCUUUGGCUCGCUCUGUGCGUUUCCAAUUGCUUCUCCUUGGUACCAAGGUUCUUCAAUCCACUCGCAUGGAAGCCCUUGCCGAGCACAAAUUCCGUUCACUUGUUUUUGAUUGUGCUUUCAAUUGGUUCUCCCUUGAGCCUAGAUGGCACUUUGGUUCUCGUAAGAGCUUGGCAUUGAUGGAAUACAAGAUCUUGAACGACUUUUAUAAUGCUGUGGUGAAUGAUACUCCCAAUCUCAGCUACUUGGUUACCAGCUCUCCACUCAAGAAUUCCAACUCUAAGAUCGCUUCCGGCUUGUACAUGUUCCUCAAUGACAAGACCAAGGAUGAUGUGAUCCGUCAGCAUCAUCUUGCCAAGAAGCUUUUGAUGUUGUUUUUGGAAAGUGAGCUUACUCGUCUUUCGGUUUGGUGCAAUCCUCUCAACUCCUUGGGCCAUGGCAACCCUGCUUGUUUCACGGGCAGCACCGAAAAGUCGAUGGUGAUGGAUGAAUCAUGGAAGGAAAUUGUGCGCUUUGCAUGGGAGUUGUCGCCACGUCUUGCAGUGCAAAUGAAUGAGCGAUUCGUGCAGCCUAUUGUUCAUCGUGAGCUUCAUCGUUUGAUCGCCAACAAUACUUUGGAUGUCGUCGAUGUGCCUGAAGCACUUGUCAUUUUGUUGGGUGACCGUCUACUUCCUAAUGCUAAGCUUGAUCUCAAGCACUUGCAAUACUGGGCUCCUGUACCUGCCAUCACUGCUGCAAACUACUUUUUGCCCGCCUACAACAACCAUCCCUUGAUUUUGCAGUAUGCUAUGCGUAGCUUGGAGUACUACCCUGUGGAUACCGUAUUCUUUUACAUUCCUCAAAUUGUGCAGGCUCUACGUCAUGAUGAACUUGGCUAUGUGGAAAAGUAUAUCAUGGAAGCUGGUCAAGUGUCGCAAUUGUUUGCCCAUCAAAUCAUCUGGAACAUGCAAGCCAACUUUUAUGUCGAUGCUGACAAGGAGUGUAUCAAGCCUGAUGCUCUCAAGCCCACUCUCGAGCGUAUCAUUGACAACCUUGUUGGAUCGUUCACUGGUGAAGAUCGCGAGUUUUAUGAGCGAGAAUUCAAGUUCUUCAACGAUGUCACUGCCAUUUCUGGUUAUCUAAAGGAAUACAUCAAGUAUGGUCAAACCGAAAAGAAGCCUUUGCAAAAGAAACGCUUGGACGAGGAACUUGCCAAGAUCAAGGUUGACGUUGGUGUCUAUUUGCCUAGCAACAGUGAUGGUCGUGUGAUUGACAUCAACCGUACAUCGGGUCGUCCCUUGCAGAGUCACGCCAAGGCUCCUUUCAUGGCUACUUUCAAGAUUGAAAAGGAAGUUGAGGAUGCUGAUCUUAUGGGCAAAGCCUUGAUCGAAAGUGAAGGUGAUGAAGUUGAAGCUGCCAAGAAGCGCACUGUUCAAAUCUGGCAAGGAGCCAUUUUCAAGGUGGGCGACGACUGUCGUCAGGAUGUGCUUGCAUUGCAGUUGAUCUCGGUCUUCAAAAACAUCUUUACGGGUGUUGGAUUGGACUUGUAUGUGUAUCCCUAUCGUGUGGUUGCCACAGCACCCGGUCGUGGUGUGAUUGAUGUUAUCCCACGCUCCAUUUCUCGUGAUCAACUUGGUCGUGAAAAGGUCAACAGCUUGUACGAUUACUUUGCAGCCAAGUAUGGUGGACCCGAUUCGAUUCAUUUCCAACGUGCCCGCAACAACUUUGUGCAGAGUUUGGCAGCUUAUUCGGUCAUCUCGUACUUGUUGGCUAUCAAGGAUCGUCACAAUGGCAACAUUAUGAUUGAUGAAAAUGGUCAUAUUAUUCAUAUCGAUUUCGGUUUCAUCUUUGAUAUUGCUCCUGGUGGUAUUACUUUUGAAAGCUCGCCCUUCAAGUUGACAACCGAAAUGAUCCAAGUGAUGGGUGGUGGUUCUGAUGAACAAGCAUUCCGACAAUUCUCUGAAUUGGUGGUCAAGGCCUAUCUUGCUAGUCGUCCUUAUGCUGAUCAGAUUUGUCAGCUGGUGUCUCUCAUGUUGGAUUCAGGAUUGCCUUGCUUCAAGGGUGAGACUAUUAAGCGUCUUCGUCAACGUUUCCAACUCGAUCGCUCUGAACGUGCAGCAGCCGAUUUUAUCAUGAUGCGUAUCAAGGACUCCUUCGAGAACCAACGUACAGUGCUUUACGAUUACUUCCAAAAGCUGACCAAUGGUAUCCCCUAUUAA